AGCCUUACCACGUGACGCUGCCCUGUGCAAGUUCAAGACAUGUUUCGCCCCUCGGUCUGGUUGUUACUUCUCCUCCCCGCCUGCUUCUUUCCUGACUCCUUGGAGCACUUUGUACAUGGACAUGGGGGAGGUAUAGGCGUACCAUGGAACUACCGCAGGAAUUUCUUCAACCCAUGGCUUCAACACCAACUCGUCCCUGACAUCCUGUUCACACCGCCGCCUGCCGUAUUACAGAUGGUCUAUAACAACAGCUACCCGGUAAACUUCGGAACCGUGCUGACGCCAACCCAAGUGCAAAGCAAACCGACCUUCCUGAGGUGGCCUUGCCGAGGGGACUCACUCUACACUCUGGUCUUCCUGGACCCGGACGUGCCGAGCCGGGAGAACAUGACGCUGCGCUCCUUCCAGCACUGGCUCGUCGGCAACAUCCCCGGCUGCCACGUGCACCGCGGGACGACGCUCACGCAGUUCAUCGGCUCCGGCCCGCAAGAAGGCUCGGGUCUUCACCGUUAUACUUACCUGAUCUACCUACAGCCUAAAGAAAUCGAGUUUGAUGAGCCUAAAAUUAGCAAUACUUCAGCCGUCGAGCGCCCGUUCUUCAACCUGAUGGACUUCGCCGCCAAGUACUGGCUGACUCUCCUCGCCGGCAACUUCUACCGCGCGGAAUACGACUCCUACGUCCCCACGCUCUACGCACAGCUGGGCAUUACGUCGGCGUAAUGGCGUUUGGUUUUGUUCGUAAAGAAGGAAGAACACAUUACCUGAUUCCUUAUUCACGAAUAUGCGCCGCCAACAUUCACAUUCCGUACUGCAUUAUAGACUUAUAGACUGUUUCUAUGUAGGUUGUAGAUUAUAUAUAUAUAUAUAUAUAUAUAUAUAUAUAUAUAUAUGAAAAUACAGGUAACUAAUUUUCAAA